AUGGCUCUACCUGGUUGCUCCUGCAGUAGCGGUAUAUUGGCGACGGCAUUGGUAGCGCUGCUGCUGCUGCCCGCUCGCUACUAUAUACCCGAGUUCAGCUUGAAGCAGCAAACGCUCGAUCUGGAGCCACGCCCAUCAACCCAUGGCCUAAAUCCAUGGCUGCUAAACUUCCCCCCUUUCGAUGAGUUCCUCGCUAUGCUCCUGGUCCUUUGGGCUACUAUCACCCACUUGUGCGACUGGAUCCAACGGAAACUGAUGGAGAGGAGGUUCUUGAAGGUGAAUGAGCAUCUGCGCGAGUGCUUGGAACGUCUGCGCUUGUGGGACAAACGACAAGAGCGAGUGGAGGCGACCCUGCGGCUAGUGCAAAGCGCGACGGGGGAGUACAACCUCCUCGCGUGGAUGCUGCUGCGCCGGCGGCGGCUGCUGCCCUCCGCCUCGCCCAACCGCUUCUUUGAAAAGGACCUUGACGAUAUAGAUUUCUUAGACGAACUUGACUCACGACGACUGAACGGACUAUAG